GCGCGUCACGUUCUCACCGCCGACGGUUCAGUUGCGGCGCAAUUAGUGUGCACUCGUGACGUGCUCUCUUCGUAUCCGUCGCGCUCACCGUUCCGCGAUAAUAUCAAUGGGUGUAUGUAUUUCUAUUGCACGCGUAUACGUCGCGAUGUGUGCACGUUUAUCGUUGUUCUAAUUCGUCGUCGUUUUAUACGAAUCUACGUGCGUUUACCACCCACUGCCCGUACGUAUUUUUCAGUGUUGUUUCGUUAAAAGGAUUUUAUUUUUUUCUCUUAUCGUUUUACGUUCGUUUCGAUUUUCGGAAAUUAUUAAUUCGAGAUUUAUUUCAUCGGCCCACGCGCUCUACAUUCCUACCGCCGUGCAACGAGCGUAUUAUUAAUGUAACAGAAAAAGUGCGAAAACCCUCGUCGCCGCUGUCCCAGCUCGUGGUUCGAAACAAAACAAUUUACAGAUCAAUUCGUCGCGUCGGCUUGUUCGCUUACCGCCGUCGCCAUGCAGGAUUACGGUUUGGAGCCGCUGCAGAGGGCCAGGUCGAACACGUGGCCGCUGCCCAGGCCGGACGCCGAGGACGGCGGGCCGCAGUUGCCCGACGGCAACAGCCCGCCGCAACUGUUGGACAACGCGGUCGGCGGACCGUCGUCGUCGUCGUCGUCGUCGGGCGGCGGUGGGCUGCUGCCGCCCCAGCUACAGCAACACCAGCACCAGCAGCAGCGGCAACAGCACCAGCAGCAGCCGCAUCAGCAACAGGUCGGCGGUGCCAUGGUUGCGGGGCCCGCGAAGAAGACGUCAAGCCGGCGAAACGCGUGGGGCAACCAGUCGUACGCGGACCUCAUCACGCAGGCCAUCAGCUCGGUGCCGGAACAGCGGCUCACGCUGUCGCAGAUCUACGAGUGGAUGGUGCAGAACGUGCCGUACUUCAAGGACAAGGGGGACAGCAACAGUUCCGCCGGAUGGAAGAAUUCGAUACGUCACAAUCUGUCGCUGCACAGCCGGUUCGAGAAGAUCCAGAACGAAGGCACCGGCAAAUCGUCGUGGUGGCAAAUCAACCACAACGCUAGCCGGACGACCGGAAAGUCCAGGCGCCGGGCCACGUCCAUGGAGACGCCCAAGUUCGAGAAGAAACGUGGCCGCGUCAAGAAGGUCGUCGAGGCCAUCAGAAACGGUCUGCACCAAGAGAACACGCCUAGUCCUAGUUCAUCUGUAUCCGAAAAUUCCGAUAUGAUACCCGUUUCGCCGCUCAGGGGUUUCCAGUUCAGUCCGGACUUUAGAGCCCGGGCGUCGUCGAACGCCUCAUCCACCGGCCGUUUGUCGCCGAUAUUCAGCGAGCAGAUCAGCACGACCGACUACGGGCUGGACUCGGUGGCUGAACAGGGCCAAGCCGACUUGCUGGCCGGAUCUCUAGCGCAAACCGUACGGCUCUCUCAACCGCUACAGCCGCAGCAGCAGCAGCAGACACAGCCGCUCGAGAGCUACGGAGAUGUGUUCUUGAACAACCGCCCGCCCCCGCCACCCUAUUGCAGCCUGACGAUUCAGUCGUGCCCCGUUCAUGGUUACCACGGGUGUUCGUGCAUCAGCCUCAGCCAACUUGACAAUACUUCUUAUAUCAAACAGGAAUGUAUAUCGUUCGAAAACAUGUUGGACGACCAACAAGACGACAACAUGUCAGCCACUGUGGUCGGUCAAAUAAUGGGUUCAUCACACUUGUCGUACGAUGAGCUCAACAUCAACUUGGAUAACUUUCCGCCGGAAUGUAAUGUUGACGAAGUGAUUAAACAUGAAGUCAGUUUAGGCGGCUGCUUAGACUUCAACAACUUCAAUCCGCCGAUACAACCGCAACCGUCGGUGACCACUACGCAGACAUUGGCGUCCGUCAGCCACGAUCAAUCGUCGUUUACCUCCGGACACCACUGGGUCCAUUGAAUAUGUAAUAGUUGAAACGAUUAUGUGUUCAGAAGGAAGCUUAUUAGUCCACGAAAAUGUUUUUGUUAUGUUGCCCAGUUAAUUCAUGUUAGUUUUUAUUAUUAUAAUUUUAACAAAACUUAAGAUUUA